AUGACGACAAGCUCAGCAACUCCUCCGAGUUCGCAAGCAAAUGGCCACACAAACGGCUCGCAUCAAAAUGGAUCCCCGUCCAAAUCCGAUGUCUGCGUUGUCGGAGCCGGGCCAGCCGGCUUGAUGCUCGGGUCUCUACUGGCAAGAUUCGGUCAAAAAGUUGAAGUCAUUGACGAAAGGCCUGAUCAAACCACAGUGGGCCGGGCCGAUGGAAUCCAGCCAAAGUCGAUUGAGACACUGCAGAUGCUACGCCUCGGCGACGAGCUUCUCCGCACCGGCGUCAAGGUCCACGACAUUUGCAUGUGGCAGAGCUCGAGCGAGACCGACCUACACCGGCUGAGCCGGUCGGUUCACUACCCGGCGUCCGUCGUGGAUCUCUUGCAGCCGUACAUUUUGCUCUGUCACCAGGGCAUGAUCGAGGGCGUCUUUAUUGAUGACCUUCGCAAGAGCGGCGUCGAAGUGAAGCGUAGCCACAGCUUCCAGACCUACCGUACCGUGGACGAUGGCUCUUUGCAGAUCGAAUGCGACCACCAAGGACAAGGAAAGACAUUGAUUAACUCCGAGUACCUAGUAGGCUGCGACGGCGCGCGGUCUCUCGUUCGAAAGAGCAUCCCCGACACUUUUGCACAAGGUUCACCACACACUUCGGUAUGGGGCGUCCUAGAUGGCGAACUAGAGACAGACUUCCCCGACAUCUGGAGCAAAACAGUAGUCUUCUCAGAGAAGUACGGGUCCAUCCUCAUCAUCCCCCGCGAACGCAACAUGACACGCUUCUACAUUGAAAUGAAGUCCUCAACGUCGUCCAAAGACCUGGGAGAAGAGUACGUAAUGGAGCAAGCCCGCCUCAUCCUCGCGCCAUACAGCGUCCGAUGGCGCUCCGUCGAAUGGUUCGGCAACUACCAGGUCGCCCAGCGCGUCGCCGCCCGCUUCGCGGACCCGGGCCAGCGCGCCUUCAUCGCCGGCGACGCCAGCCACACGCACAGUCCCAAGGCGGCGCAGGGCAUGAACACGAGCAUCCACGACACCUGGAACCUGGGAUGGAAGCUCAACCUCGCGCUGCGCGGGCUCGCCAAGGGCAACAACGUGCUGCUGGCAACGUACGAGCAGGAACGCAAAAAGAUUGCGCACGACCUCAUCAAUUUUGACUUUGAGCACGCCAACGAGAUUGCGCGCGGCGACGCGAAGCGGCUGGCGGAGAACUUUGAGACGAAUACGCGCUUCAUCUCGGGCGUCGGGGUCGAGUAUGGCGCCAACGAGCUCAACCGUGGCCGAGCGGACGGCGCCGGGGGCGCUGCGAAGCCGGGAUGCAAUCUCCCGCCUGCCAAGGCUACCCGUUAUAUUGAUGCUUGCCCCAUCGAUGUGCAGCUCGAUAUUCCGGUCUUGGGGCAGUUUCGCAUCUAUGCCAUUCUGAACGACGUCUCUAGUCCUGCGGGUGCCUCUUUCUUGCGUGAUUUCAGCACCGGCGUAGCAUCUGCGUCUUCAUUGGUGUCGAGGCUUUCGGCGGCGGCGGCGCAGUCGUACAUGCUGAAGCCACGCGCCAGCCGAGCUGAUGAUAUCCACGUGCGUCCAGAGAGGUAUACAUCCGUAAGUCAGUUGUGCACAUUCGCGCUCAUCACAUCUACCGAUAAGAACGACUUUGAAAUCUCUUCUCUGCCUCCCGUCUUUUCACAGAGUGCCUGGACCGUCUAUCUCGACAACGUAGCACCACUGGAUACGCAAGGACGAUCAUGUACAGACAAGUGGCUUGGAGGUCUCGGGACGGACGAAGCUUCCGUCAUCGUUGUCCGACCGGACGGCUACGUGGGAACCAUCAGCCGCUGGCUCACAUCUGAAAGCGGCGCCGGUGGGAUGUCGGCGCAGUGGCUAGAUGACUACUUUGGCGGUUUCUUGCAAGCGCCGGAUACGUAUUGA